AUGCAAGCAAGGCAUUCAGCGCCGAGCGUGAGCCCUACCAAUGCACGUAUUGUGGCAAGGUGGGACACACGGUGGAUCGUUGCUGGACAAAGCAGAAGAACGAAGGUCAGGGGAGCCCGACGCGGCGGCAAUGGUCGUGGACGCGGGGCUAACAAUGUCCAGUGGGGACAUCAUGAUGAAUACAAUGGCUACGAUCGAGUGGCGUUUGCAGUCUCGUUCGAAUGUGGAGUUUCGACGAGCAAGGACGUGUCUGGAAUGUGGGCCGUCGACAGUGGUGCAACGCACCACAUUUGCCACGACAAGACCAAGUUCGCAAGUUUGGCAGAGCGCAAUGAGGGCGAACUCUUGGUGGCUGAUGGCAACAAGGUGGCCAUCAAGGGUGUGGGAACCAUCAUGGAAAAGGUGGUUCUGCCCAACGGUGAAGAGCGUGAGAUCGAAAUCAAGAACGCGCUAUAUGUUCCAAGUAUGAGCAAGAACCUGCUCUCGGUGCCACAGAUUAACAGCCAUGGCAAGUUUCAAGUCGUGUUUGACGGGUCCAAGAUGUAUGUGACUCUCAAGAACUCACAGCAAGUGGUGGCGACAGCGGAUCUCGUGGAUGGACUCUACUGGCUUCGGACGACUCAACGAUCAGCGAAUGUGACAACAAGUGGAACCAGUUGUGCCGAUCUACAUGCGAGAAUGGGUCAUGCUCCAGUCGAUGUACUUCGCAAGAUGAUCGCGACCAACAUGAUCAAGGAUGUGCGAGUCCCUCUCAAGUCGGGUGGAGCAACUACAUGUCGAGGAUGUCAACAAGGGAAAAUGGUCCAAAAACCAUUUCCAAGUAACCGAGACAAGCGCAGCUACGAUACGUUUGAGCUACUUCAUCUGGACAUCUGCGGGCCCAUGGAAAAGGAUUCGCUCGGUGGCAGCAAAUAUUUGCUGCUGAUCAUCGACGAAGCCAGUGGAUGCAUGAAGGGCUUUUGUCUACGAGUGAAGUCCGAGAGUGAAGACUACAUCCGGAAAUAUAUCACCAUGGUACAGACGCAAUUCUGUAAGUGUUGA